AUGAAACCAUCGAAAGAAAAUCCUAAAGAAAAUUUUGACGAACCAUUCAAUGGCUCAGAUAACGAAUUCGAUGAUACCUAUGAACCUUACAGCUUACUACAACGAAAGGAUUUUCAGAGGAUGUCUUCAUUACAAUUAAAAUUUUAUUAUUUUUUUGAAGAACCUAAUUCAAUUUGGGCAAAAUUAUUUUCGAUAUUAUCUUUGUUUCUUACAUUUGCUACGACUACGGUAAUAUGUAUUGAUUCACUACCAAACGUUAUACCACAACAGCAUGAUAUAUAUCUUCAUAUUUGUGUUUCUGGACGAAAUUAUUUUGACUCUGGCGAAAUGUUUUGGAUUUUAAUAGUAGUUUCGCCGGAGACAGUUGAACCAAAUUUGGGAUCACUUGAACCUGAAUUUGGAUCACUUGAACCUAAUUGA